GUAGAAUCGCAUGUGAAUGUCAGCUGAUUCAGUCACACAGAAGCUUUCGUUAAAAGUAUAGUUAAAAUCGCUCAGCAUCAUGCCUAGGAAUGAGAAAAUUGGAAUCAUUGGCAGUGGACUCAUUGGGAGGAGCUGGGCCAUGCUCUUUGCCAGUGUGGACUACGAGGUGUGCAUCUAUGAUCUCAAACCAGAGCAGGUGUCAGCAGCUUUAGAUGAUAUUCUUCAGCAGCUGAAAAGUCUCGAGAAGUCAGGGAUGCUGCGAGGAACUGCAUCUGCCGAGGAACAGCACAAGUGUAUAAAGGGUGUUUCCAGCCUCGAAGACUGCAUCAAAGGAGCCAAACAUAUUCAAGAAUGUGUCUUUGAGAAUCUUGAAUUGAAGAAAAAGGUGUUCCACCAGCUGGAUGAGUUAGCUGGUCCCAACACGGUGCUGUCGUCAUCCACCUCUUGUAUUGUCCCAUCUAAGUUUACUGAGGAUUUGGCUCAUAGGGAGAACUGCAUUGUUGCUCAUCCAGUGAAUCCCCCUUACUAUGUGCCCAUGGUUGAAGUUGUUCCUGCUCCCUGGACAUCGAAGGACGUGGUUGCUCGGACCACUGCCUUAAUGAAAGAGAUUGGGCAGUCACCCGUCACCUUUACCAGGGAGCUGCAAGGAUUUGGACUCAAUCGGAUUCAAUACGCCAUCUUGAAUGAAUGUAACAACCUUGUACAAAGUGGUGUGUUGAGUGCAGAAGAUGUGGAUGUCAUCAUGAAAGAUGGACUUGGAUACCGCUAUGCAUGGAUGGGAGCCUUGGAAACUGCUCAUCUUAAUGCCCAGGGUAAGUAGGAUUCAUAUAUAUGUUA